AUGGAAGCUGGAUUUUUCCCGGCAGCCGUCUGGCUGAUUUCUCGAUGGUAUUUGCAGCAUGAAACUCAAACCAGACUUGCGCUUUUCUAUACAGCAAGCUCGCUAUCUGGUGCCUUUUCUGGGCUUCUUGCAUAUGGCCUCACGAAGAUGGAUGGCGUGGGUGGCUAUUCUGGCUGGAGAUGGAUCUUCAUCAUUGAAGGGGCUGCAUCUGUACUCCUGGCGUUUCUCUGUUACUUUUGCCUUGUGGACUCACCCGAGCUCUCCACAAAAUGGCUUGAACCUGAUGGGAUCAUCAAACGUCUUUGCCUGCUUAGUUAG